GACUGAUAAGUAAAAUAAGUAAUUUUACGCAGAGUUGUGUAACAUUGAAAAGUCUGUACUUCUGUAGUUUGAUGCUAGAGUUCAAAACAUUUAUCAAUUUUUGUCGUCAGUUCGUUCAUUGAAGUACAAAUAGUUUCAGAAACUAGGUAUCAUCAAUAAAAGUGUUGCCAUUAUUGUGAGCAAUAAGUUAAAAGCGCAGUCUCAGAAUAGAUGGCCAACCUCUAUAAAAACUACUUGAAACUCUUGAAGCAAUGGCCAUUGGACCCCAGUAAAACCGGCAGAGAUCUAGGAGAGCACAUCCGUAAAGAAGUGGGAGCAGCUUUCAGCUCUGGUGAUUCCUUCCGUGGUGAUACCACAACGUGCAUAAAGAAAUACGAGUCCCUCAAACGUCUAGCGGAUAAUCACUACUGUAACAAAUACAAACGUUCGAUCCAAGCAACAGCAUCUGGACUCACUAGUGAACAUUGUACAGCUGUAUUGUCCAGAGAAUCUCUAGAGAUUUUAAAUAAUAAAAAUGAAGGCUUCUUUAAGACAACUUUUAACAAAAUCAAAGAUAAAAUUAGUACGCCAACACAACAGCAGGCCUCACAAGCCAGUACUGCUGGAAGAAGCGAUUAGCUACCUAUCACCUCAAAAGGACCACAACAUCAUAGACAUGACAUUCGGUGCCGGUGGACAUACAGAAAGGAUUCUGCAAGAAAAUGAUACAACAACUGUUUAUUGCUUGGACAGAGACCCAACUGCAUGUGCCAUGGCUAAACAACUUUCUGAACGUUAUCCAAACAGAGUGGUACCUUUGAAGGGUAAAUUUAGUGAUUUGCCAGUUCUGUUAAAAAACUUAGGAUGUAAAAUGAAUAGUUUUGAUGGUAUUUUAUUUGAUUUUGGUGCUUCUUCUAUGCAAUUUGAUACGGCUUCCAGAGGCUUUUCAAUUAGUAAGAAUGGCCCUUUGGAUAUGAGAAUGGACCCUGAAGAACAGACAAUUACAGCAGCAGACGUGUUAGCCAAAGCUGAUCAAUCAGAUCUAUAUAAAAUAUUUAAAAUAUAUGGAGAGGAAAAACAAUCAAAGAAAAUUGCAAAUGCUGUAAUUGAAGCAAGAUAUUUAUUUAAACCACUAAAAACUACACGUGAUUUUUGUGAGCUUGUCCAAAGUGUUUGCGAAAAUGAGAUGAGAAGCGACAUGUUGCAUAGACCAUCUCAUCCAGCUACCAAAGUGUUCCAAGCGUUGCGCAUAUUUGUUAACAAUGAAUUGAACGAGAUCAACCAUAGUAUAGUUUUGGCUAGUCAUUUUUUGAAAAUUGGUGGAGUCAUGGUAACUGUUGCCUUUCAUUCUCUCGAAGACACCAUAGUAAAACGGCAUAUUCAGGGUAAUAUCAAUGAAAACAUGGCCAAUGCUCUACCCUUGAAAUAUAUUAAUCCAAUGCAAUGCUAUGAUAAAGAGUUUAUGAAUGUAGUCAAUGAUACUUGUUGGCAUCAAAUUCAUAAACAUGUGAUUACUCCAAGUGUUGAAGAGGUUGAAUCAAAUCCUAGAAGUAGAUCAGCACGUCUCAGGGCCGCCGUUCGAAUAAAAUAGGACUAGUUUUUGUUUGAUUUUGUCAUCUAAUUAUUGUAGAUUAAAUGUAAUUAUUCUUAAAAUAUUAUUUCAUCUAUAUGCAAACUAAUUGAUUAAAACUUAAAAUAACAUUAAAUAAGUUUCUUGAUGAUAAGAAAUAAAAACCCUUAAUAGUUGAAUAUCAAUGUCAACAGGUUGAUGUGAAUAAACAGGUGUCUGUGGCUGGCGUCAAUGCAUUGUUAACAAAUAGUAAAAUCUGUGUUGUAUUAAUUCUUUAUUGAGUGGUUAUAACAAAGGCCACUUUUAUGGGCAUGUCAAAAAACUUACAAUGUUUAAAGUAUUAAAUGUUUUCAAUCAAUAAGCAUUAUAAGUAAAAAUAUAAAAACGGGGAAUGCUAUUAUAAAACUGAAUGAACUAAA